CUCGUGUUACUCUACGGAGGUUGGACAGUGUGUUAAACGCAUAGGGUAAACGCUGCAGAUUAGCAUGGAAGCUAAACUUACGUUGUUAGCUAGGCGGCUACUAAAUUGACAGUAAAAAUGUCAAAGAUAGACAAGAUGAGCAUCCUUGGGGUGAGGAGCUUUGGGAUUGAGGAUAAAGACAAACAAAUCAUCUCUUUCGUCUCUCCUCUGACUGUGCUGGUCGGACCCAAUGGAGCAGGGAAGACGACUAUUAUUGAGUGCCUUAAGUAUGCGACAGCAGGAGAACUUCCCCCUGGAUCUAAAGGGGGAGCCUUUGUUCAUGAUCCAAAGGAUGCCCAUGAAACGGAUGUGCGGGCACAGAUUCGCCUCUUAUUCACAGAUGUUAAUGGAGAGAAAGUGACCAUCCAACGCUCCAUGUCAUGCACUCUGAAGGCAAAGACCUACUCCUUCAAAAGCUUAGAGCAGGUCAUCACCAGAAAAAAAGACGGUCAGAAAGUGAGCUUGUCGUCUAAGUGUGGUGAACUGGACCGGGAGAUGAUUUCUGCCUUGGGUGUAUCGAAGCCUGUGCUGAAUCAUGUCAUCUUCUGUCACCAAGAAGAGUCUAACUGGCCACUUAGUGAGGGCAAGGCACUCAAAGACAAGUUUGACUCUAUCUUCGCUGCAACCAAGUAUAUCAAAGCUCUGGAGACGAUGCGUCAGCUGCGUAUGACACAGAACCAGACAGUCAAAGAGUGUCAGGUAGAGCUGCGCUACCUGAAGCAGAACAAGGAGAAGGCCCAGCAGAUUAGAGAUACCGUGGCCACCAAGGAGGCUCAGCUGAUGGCCUCUAAAGAGAAUGUCCAGCAGAUAGAGAGCCAGAUAGAUCCACUUGAGAAUCAACUGAUGAAUAUUGACACAAAACUUGGGAAAGUGAUGAAGCUGGACAGCGACAUCAAGGCUUUAGAGAGCAGGAAGAAACAAAUGGAGGAGGACAACAGGGAGCUGGAGGAAACAAUGGAACAGGUGUUUCAGGGUUCGGAUGAGCAGCUGCAGGAAAUUUAUCAGAACCACCAAAGGACGGUGAGGGAGAAGGAGCGGAGGCUGACAGACGGCCAGAAGGAGCUGGAGAGAGCUGGCCGGGAGUGUCAGAGACUGAACAGAGUCAAGGCUGAUCUCCUGGUAGAACGAGGUCGUCUUCAGACAGAGGCUGACCACCACACGCAAAACAUCAAGAACCGUGACACUCAGGUUCGCUCUUUGUCAUUGUAUCUUGAAAUGGAGGGCUACGACCGACCGCCUUUCACCACUCUUCAGCUUGAGAGCUUUAAUCGUCACAUUAGUCAGAGACUGGAGCAGGAAAAAGAGACAGUCAGCCAGGUUUUGAUGGACCUGCAGGAAAAAGAGCAGCAGAAGCAGCAGUCCAUUGAUGAAAUGAGGGAUAAGAAGACUGGCCUGGAGAGAACUGUGGAGCUGAAGAGAGACCUGCAGGGAAAGAAGCAGCAAGAACUGAGGAACGUCAGAGCAGAGCUGCAGAGGCUGGAGGGUUCGUCUACUCGACUUCAAGAGCUUGAAAAUGAACUGGCUAAAGCGGACCGCGAGCUGCAGAGCGUAGUGCAGAGCUCCAGUGUGGAGGAGCUGAAGGUCGAGGUUGUGGAUCUCCAGAGAGAAAAGGCCGAACUCGACCGCGCACAGAGACAGCUCGACCAAGAGAUGGAGAUACUCAACACACACACCACCACACGCACACAAGUGGAGAUGCUGAAAAAAGACAAGACAGAGAAGGAGGACCAGGUACGUAAGAUCAAGUCUCGUCACAGCGAGGAUCUGUUGUCUUUACUGGGCCACUUUCCCAACAAGAGAGAGCUGGAAGACUGGAUCUAUGCCAAGUGUAAGGAAAUCAGCAGCACCAGGGACAGGCUUGCCAAACUCAAUAAGGACCUGGCAUCAAGUGAGCAGAAUAAAAGCCAUAUUGCUGCUGAGCUGCGUAAGAAGGAGCAGCAGUUAGCCAGCGAUGAAGAGAAGUUCUUCAAUGUGUGUGGCAGUCAGGAUCUGGAGCAGGACCUGGGCAAAUUGCAUGAAGAUCUGGAGAAGAUAUCCAAACAAAGAGCCAUGCUAGCCGGAGCCACAGCAGUGUACACCCAGUUUAUCAGCCAGCUGACAGAGGAGAGAGAGCCCUGCUGCCCUGUGUGUCAGCGGACGUUCCCCUCAGAGUCUGAUCUGCAGGAAGUUAUCAGCGACAUGCAGUCCAAACUACGCCUGGUGCCAGACAAGCUGAAAAACACUGAGCAGGACCUGAAGAGGAAGGAGAGGAAGAGAGAUGAUAUGAUGGCUCUCAGACCUGUCAGGAAGUCCAUUGUACAGUUUCAGGAAAAGGAGUUGCCUGACUUAAGAAACCGUCUGCAGACUGUGAACAGAGAAAUCGAGAGGCUGAAGGGAGACGUGGAGGAGCAGGAGACUUUGCUCGGUACCCUGAUGUCAGAGGAGGAAACAGCCAAGGCCUGCCUUCAGGACAUAUCUCUCAUGGACAGAUACCUGAUGGACCUUAAAGAGGUGGAGAGGAAAAUAGCUCAACAGGCAGCCAAACUCCAGGGAAUAGACCUGACCAGAACCGUCCAGCAAGUCAGUCAGGAGAAACAAGAAACUCAGCACAAGCUAGACACCACCUCCAGCAAGAUGGAGCUGAAACGCAAGCUGAUCCAGGACCAGCAGGACCAGAUUCAGAUGCUGAAAAGUGCUGUGAAUGAGACGCGAGCAGAGAAGCUCCAGCUGAGCAGUGAUAUGCAGAAACAGCAGCAGCUGGAGGAGCAGUGUGUUGAGUUCACCACCGAGAUACAGUCCUUAACCCGGGACAUCAGGGAAGCAAAGGAGCAGUUGUCCCCUUUGUCUGCUGCUCUGGAGAAGCUGCAGCAGGAGAAGAAGGAGCUGGUGGAGCGCAAGAGGCAAAGGCAGGAAGAAGGGCAGGAGAAGAUCAAUGCCAUUAAAGAGAAAGUGAAGGCGAUCACCACCUUGGAAGGAGACAUCACCAAAUACGUUGAUGAGGGCAAAGACGAAUACAAAGAGCAAAAAGACUCUGAGCUUCAAGAAACCAACACUCAGCUACAUGAGGCUGAGAAGCAAAAAGAGAGGAUCAGCAAGGAGAUGGGAAACAUCCGUCAGGACAUAGACACUCAAAAGGUCCAGGAGCGCUGGUUGCAGGACAACCUGACAUUGAGGAAGCGCAUGGAGGAGUUGAAGGAGGUCAUGGCUAAAUGCGAGGCUCUCAUGAAAGACAUGGGCAGCAUGCAAGUUUUUGAGCUACACCAAGAACGACGUGAAGCAGAACGCAGGUUGGAAGACUUGAAGAAGAAACGCAGUAUUGCACUGGGUCGUCAGAAAGGCUUUGAGGAGGAGAUACUGCAUUACAGAAAAGAGCUGCGAGAAGAUCAGUAUGACAAAGCUGAUGAGCGCUACAAAAACAAGAUGAUCAUAAUGAGGACCACAGAGCUGGUCAUUAAAGACCUGGAUCUCUACUACAAAGCUCUUGAUCAAACAAUCAUGAAAUUCCACAGUAUGAAGAUGGAUGAGAUCAACAAGAUUAUCAGAGACCUAUGGCGCAGCACCUACAGGGGUCAAGACAUUGAAUAUGUGGAGAUCAGGUCUGAUAUGGAUGAAAACUCGUCUGCUGGAGUGAAGCGAAGGGUUUACAACUACAGAGUAGUUAUGGUGAAAGGAGACACAGCUUUGGAUAUGAGAGGACGCUGCAGUGCUGGUCAAAAGGUGUUGGCAUCCUUGAUCAUCCGUCUAGCCCUGGCAGAGACCUUCUGUCUGAACUGUGGAAUCCUGGCCCUGGAUGAGCCCACCACCAACCUGGACAGGGAGAAUAUUGAGUCAUUGGCACACGCCCUCGUAGAAAUCAUUAAGAGUCGCUCUCGUCAGCGUAACUUCCAGCUGUUGAUCAUCACCCAUGAUGAGGACUUUGUGGAGCUGCUGGGGCGGUCCAGCUACAUUGAACACUUCUACCGCAUCCGUAAGAAUCAAGACCAGAACUCCGAAAUCACAAAGUGCAGCAUCACCUCCCUCUCAUCCUAUCUGCACUGAGAAGAUAAAUGACUCUUUAAAUACUGUGGAAAUACACAGUGAUCCCUGAUCUUCUUGCUUUCGUGUAGGUUGGGAAAAGUCCGUGUUCAGUUCAUUUAAUUUAAAAACAGUAAUACUUUGAUAUUUCAGCCAGGGUUUUUGAAGCCCAAAGAAGAUCCACUUUCAUGUCCCUCCUUCCAUUAACAGGCUAGAAAGUUAACUGUUCUGCACACAUUUAACCUCCCCAAACCAAAGAGACCUGCAAAUAUCCAUAAUGCAACAUGCAGCAUUUUAAACCUGAAACACAGACAUAUUUAUUCAUCUCCUCAACGGACAUCACGUAAAUCACCUAAAGGUCCCAUUGUUUUCUCUAUUCAGCUGGUAAGAAAUUUUACAGAAACUUUUUGGAACCAUACUUUGCUGAUAAUGUUUCCUUUUAAUGUCACUGUUCAUCAACCUAGACUUAAUUAUUACAUCCUCCACUCCACCAAAGUAGUAGUAAGUGAAGUGCCUACAAAAAUCGAAUAAAUCCAGUACUUUCCAAAUGUACCCUGGGAUCUGUGUCUAGUGUAAAGGGUUCUUUGGAUGAUACCACAUAUCAAAAACAUUUAUGAAAGUGACGCUAAAAGUUAUGAUCCUAAUUAAUAGCAUGAACCGCUUCCAUGCUAUGGUACGACAUUGAAAUAACCUGAGUGAAACAGAACUAUCUAAUAACUUGAGUUUGUGUAAUUCUAUUUACAAAUAUCAAAUUGUAAAAGCAUUGUCUUAAUUGUUCUUGAAGUAUUCGAGAAAAUUGCUGUGGAUCUCUUUUAUGUUGUCAUUUUGAGAAUUGCACUGCCGCCAACAGUGGCAACAUAAGGACCUGUGCUUCUUUAAAAUUCAGGACAGUAUUGCAGUUUUCAGCUGUGUUUCCAUGUUUGCCACUUUGUGAGCUCACAAUGUUCUGACAUUAAAUGUCUUGUGGGGGACAUAGGCUGU